UGUUUUUUUAUAAAAGUAUUUCCCAUAGGAGUGACAUGUGGUGGUGAAGGUGUAUGUGAGAAGGAGGUGAUAAACUUUUCCAUAGGAGAUUUAUUCAGCUUUUAAAAAAUGAUACUUUUAUUUCCCAGGUUUAAAGAUAAAGUCACUAUUCUGAACUUGGGUAAUGGGUGUUUUGUAAAUGUAAUGAUAAAAGAGUGACACUGCAAAUUGGCAAUUAAAGAUGGUUCUUCACAAGUCAUAUGUGGCUGCUAAAGAAAUACCCUGAUAAUGAAAACGAUCAAUACCAGUACUACUUGAUUGAAGGAUGCAAGUAUUUGAUUGGUAGGAAAGACUGUGAUAUUAUUUUGGCUGGUGAUGCAAGUAUAAGUCGCAAACAUGCUUUUAUUUGUAUUGGCAAAAUCACUGAUGACCUGUUAAUGCCAUCCGAUGUUACAAUUACAGACACUUCUAAAGUUGGUGUACAGGUAAAUGGUGGAAAGAUUCCUACACAAAUAUCUACAGCACUACAUGAGGGCGAUGUAGUAAGCUUUGGAAAAAUGCAACUUAAAUUUAAGUUAGUUUACAAGAAUCUUGUUUCAGUCAUGUCAUGUAUUAACAGUACAGAAAUGAAAGAUAAAGUGAAGAGCAAUACACAAAAAUUAGGUGGUAAUAUCAAAUCUGAUUGGGCAGCUGAGGCAACUCAUUUAAUUAUGGAGAAACUAGUCUUCACAAUCAAGGUUGUUUGUGCAUUAGCAUGUGGGAAGUGGAUUGUGACACCAAAGUUUUUAGAAGAUAUGUUGGAUUCUUGUGAUAAAAAGAAAAGAAAUAUGUUACCAUUAGAAUCAGAGUAUUUGCCACCAGUAACUGAGCACACUUUAAUCAACCAGGAAAUACUGUUUUCACCUAAUGCUAAAAGAAAAACUCUUUUUGUUGGAAAAGUUUUCAUUACUAUUGCAGCUAAGCAGUACAAACGAAUGAAAAAAGCUGUCGAGUGCGCUGGUGGUAGCAUUGUAUUAAAAGAAACGAGAGACUUAAAACUAUUUCGCGACAUGUCUUCAAAUCAAACGAUAGUUUUAUGCUCUGAAAGUAAAGAUCGAAAUAAUUUCCGGGAGGAACAAAAAACAUGGAUGAGUGAAAUUAUUUCGAAAUUAAAAAGUCACCAUCUUCGAACUAUAAAAGAGUCAGAGAUUGGUCUCGCUAUCUUACAUGUAUCGUUAGAAUCAUAUUGCAACCCAACGACGUCCACUUCAUCAUCAUUUGCUGCUACCACACACACGCAAACACUAACCGACACCAUGGUAGCGACACAGUUGUCCCCAUCGAAUGCUUUAAGCUUUCCAAAGAAAGAAAAUUACACUAAAAGUGCCAGUACAACUUGUAUGAAUGAAGAGAAUGACAGUAUUGGCAUGAAAAGGAAACGAAUUCAACAAAAUUUAUGUAGUUUUGAUGAAACCUCAGCUGCGUUAAAAAAGUCGAAAUUAGCAAGUCUAUGUUUACGGAAGCCAAAUACAAAUGAAAAAACGAAAUCGGCAUCGAAAAGAGAUAUUAUUACAAUAGAUGAUGACGAUGACGAUUUUAAUUUCGGCAUACAACCUUUAUUAAAAGUAUUCGAACAUUCUAAAGCAUCAAAAAAAUCAGAAGACAAGGGGAAGUCGAUAAUAACUGAAAAAGCGAAAAAGGCAGGGGAUGUGGAAAUUUUGGAAGGAGAGUCGCUUGAAGGAAGUCUUCAGCAUGAUACUCCUAAGACACAUUCAGAUAUGUUUUUCACUCCACAGUCUAAAAAAGCAAUACCCGAUACAUUCCUGAGUUCUAAGAUUAUUUGCCGUGUAUAUGAAGAAGACGAGUACAAUGAUCCGUUCAUGUUCGAUAUUCAUGAAUCAUCUUGUCCAGGUAAUGUUUCUUAUGUUGUUGGUAAUGACGGUCAAAAUAGCAUACCAGACGGUGUGUCAAUUACACACCAAAAAGUUACAAAUAUCUCAAGAAUUACGGAUCAAAAAUCCAAAAAUGGAUUAAAUGAAAAACAAGAUGAAAUUCGACAUCGUGGCAAUGAAUCGGACUGGCGGUUUAAAAAGGCUGCUUUAAGUUCACAAGAAGCUAGCAGUGAAGAAGUUUUUGUUUCUGAUAGUGAAGGCAACAUGGUCCAAAGAGCUUCGGUAAAAAGUAGACAGAGUGAAAAUAAUACCGAUAUGUUAUGCGACAACAUGGUAUCAAGAGCUAUUACAAAAGAUAAACUAAGAGAAGAGGACAACAAUGAUGGAGAUAUGUCGUACUUACUUGACAAAAAUAAUGAUAAGGAAAGAAUGUUUAUCAGUGAAGAAUUUUUACCAUCGGAAGAUAAACAGCUUGUGCCAUUGAAAGGAUUCUUAUCGACAGUUAACAAGAAAUCCACUGUUCUAAUUCCUAAAGAGGAUCCUGACUUGGACUGUACCGAUAGAGAUCUAGUGACUACUGAGUUUGCACCGUUAGUUAUCAAUACGACGAAAACAAAACAAAAUUCUGUUGCGUCAAAACCCGUCUCAAACAAUUCAAAGAAAGUUAAAAAUUUCAAAGUGUUUAAAAAACAAUUUUAUGCCGGCAAAGGUAAAAAUCGAAAGAAAUAUAUUAAAGAUUUUGUUGUAUUUGAAAGCGAGAACGAAGAAAGAAUAGCCAUGUUCGCAGAUUUUCGCCAGGUCAAUGAUGAGGAAGAAAAAGAGUCGAGAAGCAUGGACCAACUAUUUCACUUUCAAAGAAACGAAAGAAAUGGCGGGAAAAGGGCAAGACGUUGACGCCUUGUUUUCUUAUGACGCUGUAACUUGAUCAAUGCAAAAUGAUACAUAAACUUAUAUAGACAAACACAAGCACAAAUUUGAAAUGUGCAGAAUUGUUGUCACGCUGCUGUACUGUUUUCAAAAUGUAAGUUCACUGGAUAUAAUAAAACUGUAUAAUUUUCGUAACGGAAUAAUAUUCUUUAAGAUGAAGUCAAACUUGUAGAUAUUUUGUGUUGGAUAGAUUAGACAAGGUCUAGCCAUUUUCAGUUAAAAAUCUUAAAAUGUGCAUAAUUA